AUGGAUUAUGGCAGGAAUAUCACAGUACCAAGAGACUUUUAUCUCAUAGCAUUUUCCAACUCUGAAGAAGAUCAACAUAUUGUUUUUUUGGGUCUGUUACUAAUGUACCUACUGACUGUGCUUGGAAACUUGCUGAUUAUAGUGCUUGUGUGCCUGGUACCCCAACUGCACACCCCCAUGUACUUCUUUCUGUGCAACCUGGCAGCCCAGGACAUUAUCUCUGUCUCUGCCUUCCUGCCCAAGCUGAUGGCCAUCACAAUUACAGGGGACACCAGAGCUUCUUUUCCCGGCUGCAUAACCCAAAUAUUUCUCUUUGCAUUUUGUGCUUGUGGUGACUUUCUCCUGCUGGCCAUCAUGGCUUAUGAUCGCUAUGUGGCUAUUUGUAUCCCUCUGCGUUAUCACCUCAUUAUGAACCCAAGGCUCUGCAUCCUAUUGAUGACAACUUCUUGGAUCCUCUGUGCCACCAGUGCAAUGUGCUAUUCUUUGUUUAUAUCUCAGUUGUCAUUCUGCAGGCUCUUUGAUAUCAAUCAUAUAUUUUGUGAACCUGUAUCAAUGUUAAAGCUUUCCUGCAGCGACACAACACACAUACAGAUACUAAUAAUUAUUGAGCUACCAUUAAUAGCUAUUUUUCCAUUUGGAUUGAUUCUAACCUCCUAUGUAUACAUCAUAUAUACCAUCCUAAAGAUGAGGACCACAGCUGCGAGGCUCAAGAUAUUCUCUAGUUGUUCCUCACAUCUCACAGCUGUAUUGCUCUUUGGCGGUACAGGCAUUGGCUUGUACACAAAACCAGAGUCAAAUGACUCUCAAGACAUAGACAAGAUGCUUUUUCUGAUUUACUUGGGCUUUGUUCCAAUGUUAAACCCAUUGGUGUACAGCCUCAGAAACAGGCAGGUCCAGUCUGCUGCAAAAAAUAUAUUUACCAAGUAUAUAUCGUAUUGGCAAUGUAAAUUAAGAGUCAUACAUUAUACCUAA